GAAAUUUCAAAACCAUUGUGUUGCCAACAGUCGACGCGUUUCUGUCUUGUUUACGUUUCGUCUCGCGAACGGUGGUCACCCGCUACCACGUUCAAGACGAUUUCCGUUUUCUUAUUGUUUUCGAUUUUGGCCGUACACCGUUCUUCUCCGACUCAAUCUCUGCUCUAUGCGAGAACAGAACAAUAUGCACAACAACUCCACCCCGAAAGUACUGCGAUCGACGGCGAAAAUACCCGAGACUCCGGUUUUGGAACGCAUUGGAUACGGAACCGGUGUUGGCGUAUUCAACUAUUUGAGAGACGAGAAAUCGCCAUGGGCAGCAAAAAUCGUCAGUCGUCAUACAGGCAGAGAACGCAAAGAAUACAGCAAUCGGCUGCAGCUGGAGGCCAAAGUGUUGGCGUCCCUCAAUCAUCCCAACAUCAUCGGUUACAGGGCAUUUGUCAAGAGACCUGAUGGCCGUGAAGUACUGUUGAUGGAACAAUGUGAACAGAGUUUAUGUGAUAUGAUUGAAACUCGUCAGAUCGAUAACCUUGGACCAUAUCCUGCUGAAAAAAUCACAAAAGUAGCUGUUGAUAUUGCAAAAGCAUUAGAAUAUUUACAUUCUUCUUUGGUAUUGCAUGGAGAUAUUAAAUCUGGAAACAUUUUAGUGAAAAAUAACUUUGAGAUUGUAAAGCUUUGUGAUUUUGGAGUGAGUUUACCAUUAAAAACAGAUGGCACAUUACAUAAAAUUAAAGGCUGCAAAGCUUUGUACGUAGGCACUCCUUGUUGGUCUGCUCCCGAAGUAUUACCAGGCGAAGAAUGUAUGGGUGCCAUAAUUACAAGUAAAGCUGACAUAUUCAGCUAUGGCUUGGUGCUUUGGGAAAUGAUGACAUUAUCGUUGCCAAACACAUCUACAGCAAUUAAUGAUACAUACUAUACUGGCAUGAGUGAAGACAUAGAUGAUCAUUUAGGUGAAAGGCCACCUUUGCCUGAUAACAUAACAAUGGAUCCAAAGUAUAAACAAAUCGUUGAACUCUUCACUAUGUGUACAAUGGAAGAUUAUAAAAAACGACCGUCAGCUGCUCAGAUCCUAAAUUUUAUGGGUGUACAUUAACUUUAUACUGGUGUUCAGAUCUCUUAGACACAAUUCUAAAUUAAAAAAAAAAAAAUUGUGGAUGUGAUUUAUAUUAUAACUUAAA